AAUUCGAGGUGUGCUCAUUCUAUGAUAAGCAGUGAGUCUAACUUUUACAUAACGAUCCAGGACAACAUGCUGCAAGAUCGGCCAGAGGACCUUUCGUCGUACAUGCCGGUUCUCCCUUCGUCAUCACCGCCAUCCUCGCCUUUGCCCAUCUUGUCGUCGAAGUUCUAUUCUUCCUCAUUGGCGCGUCCCGCGUUGGUCAUCUCGAUCCUCGCGGGUCCCAUCCCAUCCACUCCGAUGAACCACAUACCACUCCGCCUGACUUGCGGCGCGAGGUUCCAUUCCCUUGCUCUGAGUCCGGCCCACACUGUCCGCCGGCGCCUUGUCCCACCGUCGACACGUCCCACUUGGUCGAUUCAAGCGGUCCCUCUCAUCUCCCUUCGAAGCGAAUGGAUGGAGGCAGUGUGGAAAAAGACACCGUUCUCCAGCGUUCCAGCAGGUCCAAGGAGCAGUAUCUGCCACCUAAGGUGCCUUCUCGUCAGAAGCGUCAACUCGACGACGAGGAAUACCUCCCAUCCCUCGAUCUCGACGCCAACUACCCUGAUGCAAGGCCGAAAGCCAAGAAACAGAGGCGCGCGGUGACACAGAAGGCCAAGAAGGUAACGGCGAAGAAAGCCACCGUCCCCGAAUGGUCGAAGCGAUUCUACUGCACCGAAUGUGACGUGGGUGCCAGCCGCCGGUCCGACUUUAGAAGGCAUUUGGAGUCUGCAUCGCACACCGGCAACCCGGAGGGACGUGUUACGUGUCCACGGUGCGGAAGGAAGUUUGCGCGGGGUGAUUCAUGGGGAAGGCACUUCGAUGACGGGUACUGCUUCAAGAUCACCCCGAAGGUGUGAGGACGAAGUGCUCGGAAGGACUCGUAAUAGAUCCUUUUCACGUCCAGAUGACCAGCUUUUGUUACGACGCGAAGAAUAGUCUCCGUUCGAACCACCAACCGACCCGAGUCCAUUCCGCCCGCUCCCAUCCAUGCGCGAUCG